AUGGCCGAGCCCCAGCCCUCCACCGUCCAAGAAGGCGCCGCCGAACCGCACGCACCCACAGGCACAGCCGAUGACCGCAAAGCCGCCGCCGCCCUCUCCACCCUCGAUGCGCCCCAAGAAGGCGAGAAUGGGCCGAAGAAAGAAGUCGAUGGCAAGGCACUAGACAAGGCGAUGAAGGGACUGAAUGUAAAGGACAAGAAGGAAGGCGAGAAGAAGAAUGUCAAGAUCGAGGCAGCCGAUGUUAACCUGCUGGUCUCCGAACUUGAACUUACGAAGCCAAAAGCUAUGGAGCUGUUGCGCGCGCAUGAUGGUAAUGCGGUGAAAGCUAUGACGGCGUUUGUCAUGACAGCACCCUGA